AUGGCUGCAGACAAGAAUAUUGGAGCAAUGGUUCUUCUCCUUGUUUGUGGUUCAAUCCUACUACUGGCAAUCAAUCCAACUGAAGCCAAAGUUUGCAAUAAGAUUUGUUACGGAGCAGCUGCUUAUAUGACUUGCCCUUCUUCAGGCAGUACGCAGCUUGAUCCAGUCUGCAAUUGUUGCUUAGCUCCGGCCCUGGGCUGCACCCUUUACGAAUCUGAUGGAACUCCAAUCUGUACCAGUACUUGA